AUGGCCUACAACAUCAUACUUGGAAGGUCACGGCUCAAAAUAAUCAGAGCUAUUGUCUCAACCUUUCACUUGGCUAUAAAGUUCCCUACAAGUAAUGGGAUUUGGGCAAUCAAGGCAGCCAAACAGUGGCAAGAAAAUCUCGAACUCGAGCAUGAAAAUCAUGGGAGACUCGCUCCAAUAGAGAGGUUGACUGAGGUCGAGCUUGAGCUUAGCAGGAAAGUGACUAUCGAACGGGAGCUAGAUGUAGCAAUCAUGGCUAAACUUAUAAGUUGUCUCCCCCGAAACAUUAACGUAUUCACCUUGAAUGUCAAGGACAUGCCUGGGAUUGACCCAGAAUUUACAGUGCACAGACUCAAUGCUAAUAGAAAUUAUCGAGUUUGCAUUGACUUCACAAAAUUGAAUAAAGCAUGCCCUAAAGACAGUUAUCCCUUACCUCGAAUCUACAAUCUUGUGGAUAGUACGUCGGGUCAUAUGCUGUAUAGCUUAUUGGAUGCAUUUUCAGGGUAUCACCAAAUACUCAUGGUGGAAGAAAAUCAAGAAAAGACCUCAUUCAUGGCCGACUUAACCAUAUAUCGUUAUCGAAUCCUGCCUUUUGAACUGAAGAAUACCAAGGUACAACAUGAAGCUCAACACCCUACAAAAUGUGCAUUUGGAGUAGCAUCAGGAAAGUUCUUGGGUUUUAUGAUCACGCACAAAGGAAUAGAGGCUAAUCCUGAUAAAAUCCAAGCUUUGAUGUCUAUGGAGACAGGUCGCAUAAAAGCACUGAACAUUAAGUUGAGUGCUGGUAAAGGAAAAAAGAAGGGUCCAGUAGCCUAUCUAUUAAGUAAGAAGGUACUUCUUGAUGCAAAAACCCGAUACACACUUGUCGAACAGCUUGCUCUAGCUUUGGUUGUAGCUGCCAAAAAGCUACGGCAAUACUUCCAGUCACAUCCAAUUGUUGUACUCAUCAACCAAUCCCUUAGACAUAUAUUUCAGAAGCCAAAUGUCUCAAGAAGAUUGUUAAAGUGA